UACUGGAGGAAGGCAGUCCCAAGAUGGAUCAUGAGGAUUUUGUAAUGGAGGGGCAUGGCAAGACUCCACCUCCUGGUGAAGAAAACAAACAAGAGAAGGAGCAAGAAAGGGAAGAACAGUUAAUGGAAGACAAGAAAAGGAAGAAAGAGGAUAAGAAAAAGAAGGAAUCUGCUCAGAAGGUCACAGAUCAAAAAACCAAAGUGCCCGAAGUGACGAAACCAAGUUUAAGCCAACCAGUGGCUGCCAGCCCAAUUGGCAACUCUCCAUCGCCACCAGUCAAUGGUGGCAACAAUGCCAAAAGGGUGGCAGUGCCGAACGGACAACCGCCAAGCGCCGCCCGCUACAUGCCUCGGGAGGUGCCGCCGCGAUUCCGUUGCCAGCAGGACCACAAAGUGUUACUGAAACGUGGGCAGCCCCCUCCGCCAUCCUGUAUGCUCCUUGGGGGUGGAGCAGGGCCUCCUCCCCCAACAGCACCAGGAGCAAACCCAAACAACGCACAACCAGUGACAGGAGCACUGCUGCAGAGCGACAGUGGGACUGCAACAGAUUCAGCAAUUGGAGGUGCUGCUGCUUCAAAUUAUGCAAAUUCCACUUGGGGUCCUGGAGCCUCCAACAGCGGCACCAACGCCAACCCAACUCACAUCUGGGACAAGGUGAUUGUAGACGGGUCUGACAUGGAAGAGUGGCCUUGUAUUGCCAGCAAAGAUGCUGAGUCUUCUUCCGAAAACACCACCGAUAACAACAGUGCCUCGAACCCUGGCCUGGAGAAGAAUGCUCUGCCAGGAAGCACCACUAGUAACAAAGGAAAAGGAAGCCAGUGCCAGUCUGGAAGCGCUGGAAACGAAUGUAAUCUUGGGGCCUGGAAAUCUGAUCCCAAGGCUAAAUCUGUUCAAUCUUCCAACCCUGCUGCCGAGAGUAACAAUGGACUAGGUAAUUGGAGGAACUUGAGUGGACAAGAUAGAAUCAGUCCCAGUACUGGCUUCAGCAACUUUAACCCAAAUAGCAACCCAUCUGCUUGGCCGGCACUGGUUCAAGAGGGCAAUUCCAGGAAAGGGACUUUGGAAUCUGAUAGUGGUAGCUCCAAUGCACAGAUUAGCACAGUAGGUCAGACCUCUAGGGAACAGCAGUCAAAGAUGGAAAAUGCGGGUGUUAACUUUGUCUCUGGCAGAGAACAGGCUCAAAUUCAUAACACUGAUGGACCAAAAAAUGGAAACACUAACUCCUUGAACUUAAGUUCACCAAACCCUAUGGAGAAUAAGGGAAUGCCCUUUGAAAUGGGCUUGGGGAACCCUUCCAGGAGCACUGACACCCCUUCACAAAGCACUGGAGAAAGAAAGACGGGGAGUGUUGGAUCUUGGGGUGCAGCUAAGGGGUCUUCUGGAACUGACACAGCCUCUGGACAGAGCAAUUCUGGAAACCAUGGGAACAAUGGAAAGGAUAGAGAGGACUCCUGGAAAGCAGCUUCUGUUCAAAAACCUAAUGGGUCAAGAAGUGAUUCUUGGGAUAACAGUAACCGGUCUACGGGUGGUGGGUCUUGGAACUUUGGCCCUCAGCAUGCAAAUGAAAGCAAAUGGGGUGAAGGGAACAAAUUAACAUCUGGGGUCUCUCAGGGAGAAUGGAAACAGCUGUCUGGGUCUGAUGAACUGAAGAUUGGAGAAUGGAGUGGUCCAAACCAACCAAAUUCUAGCACUGGAGCAUGGGACAAUCAAAAAGGCCACCCUCUUCCUGAAAACCAAGGCAAUUCCCAGGCUCCCUGUUGGGGAAGAUCUUCCAGCUCUGCGGGAAGUGAGGUUGGCGGCCAAAGCACUGGAAGCAACCACAAAGCAGGAAGCAGUGACAGUCACAAUUCUGGACGCCGAUCAUAUAGGCCUACGCACCCUGAUUGCCAGGCAGUCUUGCAGACUUUGCUGAGCAGGACUGAUUUGGACCCCCGAGUGCUUUCAAACACGGGCUGGGGCCAAACCCAAAUUAAGCAAGAUACCGUGUGGGAUAUUGAAGAGAUGCCACGGCCCGAGGGGAAGUCUGAUAAAGGAACUGAGGGGUGGGAGAGCUCUGCCACACAGACAAAGAACUCAGGGGGCUGGGGCGAUGUACCCAGCCAAAGCAAUCAAAUCAAGUCUGGAUGGGGUGAGCUCUCAACCCCAACGGAGUGGAAGGACCCCAAAAAUACUGGAGGCUGGAAUGACUAUAAGAACUCCAAUUCUUCUAAUUGGGGAGGAGGAGGAAGAACAGAAGAAAAAUCAUCUUCCUCUUGGAAUGAGAAUUCCAGUAGCAAGGAUCAGGGGUGGGGUGGACGGCAGUCUAAUCAAGGAUGGUCUUCUGGAAAGAACGGUUGGGGAGAGGAAGUUGAUCAAACAAAGAACAGCAACUGGGAAAGUACAGGAAACAAGCCAGUGUCUGGUUGGGGUGAAGGUGGGCAGAAUGAGAUUGGAACUUGGGGUAAUGGUGCAAAUACAAACGCUGCUUCAAAAGGUGGAUGGGAUGAUUGUAAAAGAACUUCAACGUGGAAUGAGACGGGUCGACAGCCCAACUCCUGGAACAAGCAGCAGCAACAGCACCAGCAGCAACAGCAGGAGUCUUCUGGUUCCUGGGGUCCACCGCCCCAAACUCCAAGUAAUGGGCGACCUCCAAACCCAAACUGGAACAGUGGACCACAACCAGCUGCCCCCAAAGAGGAGGAGCCUAGUGGUUGGGAAGAACCUUCACCACAGUCAAUCAGUCGGAAAAUGGAUAUUGAUGAUGGCACUUCAGCAUGGGGAGAUCCUAGCAGUUAUAACUACAAGAAUGUGAACCUGUGGGACAAGAACUCACAAGGAGGACAGGCCCCACGGGAGCAGAGCCUGCCUACUCCAAUGACUAGCAAAUCACAAGCAUCAGUCUGGAGCAAAAGCACUCCACCUGCUCCAGAUAAUGGUACGUCCGCCUGGGGUGAGCCAAAUGAAACAAGUCCCGGGUGGGGUGAAGUAGAUGAUACAGCAGCAUCAACAACAGGCUGGGGGAAUGCACCUUCCAACGCCCCGAAUGCCAUGAAAUCUAGUUCUAAAUCUAUGCAAGAUGGCUGGGGAGAGAGUGAUGGGCCAGUGACAGGAACGCGUCAUUCCAGCUGGGAAGAGGAGGAGGAGGGAGGAGUCUGGAACACAGCAGGCUCUCAGGGAAGCAAUUCCUCCCACAACUCAACAAGCUGGGGGCAAGGAGGAAAGAAAACACAAAUGAAGUGCGCAUUAAAAGGAGGAAAUAGUGAUUCAUGGAUGAACCCUUUAUCCAAACAGUUUUCAAAUAUGGGCUUGCUAAGUCAAACUGAGGACAUUCCAGGCAGUAAGAUGGACUUGUCUGUAGGUGGCCUCCCAGAUAAGAAGUUUGAAGUAGAUAAACGAACCAUGAAUCUUGGGGAUUUUAAUGACAUGAUGAGAAAGGAUCGAUCUGGGUUCCGUCCAUCUAAUUCCAAAGACAUGGGAACCACAGACAGUGGGCCUUAUUUUGAGAAGGGUGGCAAUCAUGGUUUGUUUGGAAACAGCACAGCACAAUCGAGGGGCAUGCACACACCAGUGCAGCCACUAAAUCCUUCCCCCAAUAUCCGGGCGCAAGUGCCUCCCCAAUUUCUUUCUCCCCAGGUUUCGGCCUCCAUGCUCAAACAGUUUCCCAACAGUGGCUUGAAUCCUGGUCUUUUCAAUAUGGGCCCCCAGCUUUCUCCGCAACAGAUUGCCAUGCUGAGCCAGCUUCCACAGAUUCCCCAGUUUCAAUUAGCAUGUCAGCUCCUCCUUCAGCAACAGCAGCAGCAGCAACUGUUACAGAGCCAGAGGAAGUUAUCUCAAGCUGUGCGGCAACAGCAGGAGCAACAGAUUGCUCGUAUGGUGAGUGCCCUCCAGCAGCAGCAGCAGAGGCAGCCUAGCAUGAAGCAUUCACCAUCCCACCCUGUUGGGCCUAAGCCACAUUUAGACAGCAUGGUACCCAGUCCUUUGAAUGUGGGUCUCUCAGAUUUACAGACCAAAGGGCAAAUACCUGGAUACGGUUCAGGCUUUGGCUCAAGUAGCAUGGAUUAUAGCAUGGUGGGAGGGAAGGAGGCUGGAACAGAAUCCCGCUUUAAGCAGUGGACUAUGAUGGAAGGGCUGCCCUCUGUGGCUUCACAAGAUGCCAAUAUGCACAAAAAUGGUGCAAUAGUGCCCCCUGGGAAGACUCGUGGAGGAUCGCCCUACAACCAGUUUGACAUAAUUCAGGGCGACCCACUGGGUGGCCAUGCUGGCCAUGCUGGUGAUAGUUGGUUACCUGCCAAAUCUCCACCAACGAACAAGAUUGGAAGCAAAUCCAGCAACGCCAGCUGGCCUCCAGAGUUCCAACCAGGAGUGCCAUGGAAAGGUAUACAAAACAUUGACCCUGAAUCUGACCCCUAUGUGACCCCUGGAAGUGUGCUUGGGGGGACAGCCACAUCUCCCAUUGUAGAUACUGACCACCAACUUCUGCGGGACAACACCACAGGGUCUAAUUCUUCCCUCAACACCUCGCUGCCUUCACCUGGUGCCUGGCCCUACAGUGCCUCUGACAAUUCCUUCACCAACGUUCAUAGCACUUCAGCAAAAUUCAGUGAUUACAAAUCAACAUGGUCCCCAGAUCCCAUAGGACACAAUCCCACUCAUCUCUCCAGCAAGAUGUGGAAAAACCAUAUUUCCUCAAGGAACACUACAGGGCUGCCCCGCCCACCUCCUGGCCUGACCAACCCCAAACCAUCAUCUCCAUGGAACAGCACAGCAUCCCGAUCGGUCAGGGGCUGGGGGGCACAGGACUCAAGGCUUGGCUCUGCAUCUACUUGGAGUGAUGGUGGCUCAGUUCGUCCUAGCUACUGGCUGGUUCUUCACAAUCUCACUCCACAGAUCGAUGGGUCAACCUUGAGGACGAUCUGCAUGCAGCAUGGCCCACUGCUGACAUUCCAUCUGAACCUGACCCAGGGCACCGCCCUUAUCCGAUACAACACCAAACAAGAGGCGGCCAAGGCCCAGACUGCACUGCACAUGUGUGUGUUGGGAAACACUACCAUCCUGGCUGAGUUUGCCACAGAUGAAGAGGUUAGUCGCUUUCUGGCACAAGCUCAGCCCCCUACACCUGCAGCAACCCCAAGUGCACCCACAGCAGGCUGGCAACCCCUGGAGACAGGACAGAAUCAGACAGAUCCAGUUGGACCUGCUUUGAAUCUCUUUGGUGGGUCAACAGGGCUUGGGCAGUGGAGCAGUGGUGGCGGCAGCAGCAGCAGUGGGAGUGAUCUCACUGGCGCUUCAUUGUGGGGGCCCCCAAACUAUUCUUCAAGCUUGUGGGGGGUCCCAAGCGUAGAGGAUCCACACAGAAUGGGCAGCCCUGCUCCCUUACUACCUGGAGACCUUCUGGGAGGAGGGUCGGAUUCAAUCUGAACUUAGAACUUUCAACUCUGACCUCGUGACCUUUUUUGGAACAGCAGCAGCACUAACUUGACCUUUUCGUUUUUUUCAACUUGCAAUAAAUACAUUUAUAAAAGGAAAAAGAAAACGGAGAGAGAAAAAAAAAAAGGUGGGUCAUUGACAGACUGUCUGAGCACAUAGUUGCCUCCCUUAUAUAACUUCAGUUUUUUCGUUUGGAAUAUGAAUCCAAAAAAGAGAACAUAUCACUCUUGAAAUACUUGAAUCAUGAACGCCAACUAGAAAGACAAUGUGAAGCAAGUACACAUACCAUUUAAAUUUAAACACAAAAAACUAAAAAAAUUAGUUUCUAGUUUUUCACUUUUUCAUGUUAUACGGAAGUUGUUGCUAAGAAACAUAUAUACUGAAAAAAUAGCUUUUUAACUUCGUUUGCACUGGGUGUGUUUCCGUCCUUAGGUCUACCAUGUUGGGUUGGG